UAGUUAUUACAAUAUGAAUGACACGUGCAGAGUCUGCACUUCACGUUCACUAUAUAUGUGACAGGUGGGAGUCUUCAAAGAGCCGGAUGAUCACAGCACAGCAACAUGGGGAAGAUCAUCUUCUACGAGGACAAGAACUUCACCGGGCGGCAGUUCGAGUGCAGCAGUGACUGUUCGGACCUGAUGUGCCUCCUCAGCUGCUGCAGCUCGGUCCGGGUGGAGAGCGGCUGCUUCAUGAUCUACGAGGAACCCAACUACGCUGGAAACCAGUACUACCUGCGGAGGGGGGAGUAUCCCGACUUCCAUCACUGGAUGGGCAUCGGCGACUCCGUCAGCUCCUGUCGCUUCAUCCUCAUGGAGCCCGGCUCGUUCAACAUGCGCCUGUACGAGCGGAUCGAGUUCGGGGGCCAGAUGAUGGACCUGGUGGACGACUGCCCGAGCGUCAGGGACCGAUUCCACGUCAACGACAUCUUCUCCUGCACUGUCACCAACGGAAACUGGCUCUUCUACGAGCAGCCGCACUACAGGGGCCGGAUGUACCUGGUCCGGCCCGGGGAGUACAAGAGGUUCAGCGAGUGGGGGGGCAGGAACGCCAGGGUCGGCUCCAUCAGGCGCAUCAUGGACGUCUGACCCCAGAUCUGUGUGGAGACUGUGUACAGACCUCAUGAUCAGAUAGUGGCGUACAAGACGAUAGGAAGUACAAAAUACUGCAACUAACAGACGCAGUAAUAUUCUGUCGU